AUGGUCACUGUACGUGCACUCACAGUGACUCUCGCAGCAUUGCUCUCGUGCGUGUUCGGGUCCGCGCUGGAUCUGUUCGCAAGGACCCUGCCCUCGCACAACAUCGACAUCAGCCCGCUAGACAGAAACGCAACGCUCACACCGUCAAGGAAACUCUGUCUGAGGGGCGACCACGGCGCCAUAUCCUCGGACUCGCAACUCUGCAACGAACUCGUCCACGAUAAGAUCGUGCUCAAGUUCCCCGAAUCCAACGCGGCAGACCAUGCAGUGACACUCGCGCUGUGUCUUGGGAUGGUCCACUUCUUCAACAGCGGAGUAGGUGGCGGUGGGUACGCAGUGGUGCACAACCACGGCGCCCGCGGUGGUGACUGGACAGCGGAUUUCCGCGAGACGGCCCCACGCCGCGCCACAGAGGACAUGUUCUCCGACCCAUCGCAGUCCAAAGUUGGUGGCCUCGCCGUCGCGGUCCCGGGGGAACUCAGCGGCGCGUACGAGUUGUACCGCAGCAUGGGCAGCGGGACCGUCCAAUGGGCACAACUGCUCGAACCGGUCAUUACACUGGGUAACGACGGCUGGCCCGUCGGGGAGGCCCUCGAGGCCGCGUUGGUCGCGUACGAAAGUGUAUUUCUUGCGGUUCCGGACUCCUGGGGGUUUGUGCUCAACUCGACGCGCACUGGCGUGCUCAGGAGAGGCGACUGGAUCAAGAGACCCGCGCUGGCGAACACGCUGCAGAUUCUAGCGACGAACGGGUCCGCUGCGCCCUUCUACGACCCUCGAGGACCACUCGUCGAGUCCAUGGUCCGGAGUGUCGCCAGUGAGGGCGGGCUCCUUGCACCAGAGGACUUCGCGGACUAUACAGUCCACGUCACACCCGCUUUAAAGAGACGCAUCAGGUGUGGUUUCGCGUACGCCCCGGAUAACGACCUCACCGUCGUCACAAGCAGCGGGUCCAGUUCCGGUGCCGCGUUGCUCUCCGCACUUGGGAUCAUGGACGUCAACCGCGUGCACCCAGGAGGAGACUACACUGCAAAGACGACUUUCCAACUCGUUGAGGCGAUGAAGUGGAUGGCGAGCGCCAGAAGCAGGCUCGGGGACUACGAAGGGGUCGAGCUGCCCGCACGGAUCGCACAGUUGCUCGAGGACAAGUGGAUCAAGAACGCGAUCCAAUCCACUGCGGAGCGGAACUCCACAAUGGCGAACUACACCGCGUACGAGCCCCUGUACGAGAUCAACGAACCCCAUGGCACUGCCCACUUUAGCGUCGUGGACUCUCGUGGGAACGCCGUCUCUCUAACGACCACUAUCAACCUGCUAUUCGGGUCCCUUGUACACGACACGACCACUGGUGUGAUCUUCAAUAACGAGAUGGACGAUUUCGCGCAAAGGCACCGGUCAAACAGUUUCGACUUGGCACCGUCCGCUUACAACCUGAUCGCGCCGGGGAAGCGGCCACUGUCGUCUACCGCACCGACAGUCGUGCUGAACGAGUACGGCCGCCCAGACCUCGUCAUCGGUGCGUCCGGCGGGUCCCGGAUCACGACAAGCAUCCUGCAGGGGAUCAUCAGACAGUACUGGUACCAGAUGCCGUUGCUCGAGACUGUCGCGUACCCUCGUGUGCACCACCAGCUGCUCCCUGACGUGCUCGAGGUGGAGAGCCGUGCGAUGAUGGGCAAGGAGAUCGUUGGAGAACUGCAAGCGAUGGGGUACACAGUCCGGGAGGCUGCUCCGAAGUCCGUGCUGAACGCGAUCAAGCGGGUCGGCACCUCGUGGGCCGCAGUGAGCGACUACUGGCGCAAGCGCGGGGUCGCCGUGGCGUACUAG